UUGAUAACGACUUCAGCAGCACGCAGUGAAACGUUACGGUCAGCCAACCCAUUUUUUGUCCGACAAACCCGGAAGUUGUUUGUCUCUCCCCGUCUGACUGAAAGUAGGAGAGCGACUCCAAUUCCUGUAACCUCCCGGUUUGUUGGAUAAAGUCGGCUUUAGCCAUCAAUCUCACCAUCUCCCCAGGUGUGAGCGUUUGUGUGUCUGAGAGUGUGUACGCAUGUGGGCUUACUGAGUGCGUUUUGGAGUGAUGUACUGUGCGUAUCAGGACCGGGAGGAGUUAGAGGAUGAUCUCUAUCAAGAGGAUGACGGGGACUCUGAGGGGUCAGAGGCCAACAGCGAGCUGGAGUUCCAUCUCUACAGCCAGCUCCACUACUCUUCUAAUGCUGGGGACAUUGAAGAGGAGGCGGACAGGGGAGAGGAGGCUGAAGGCCCUGACGGCCAGCAACUCCAAGUGACUGAGAAAACUGCUCAUGUUGACAGAGAACAGGAAAACGUUGAAGAAAGCCGACCUCUGUCACCCAAUAUAAGCAAGUUACAGAAAUGCCUGAAGAAGAAAAAGAAGGAAGAGAAACAGAAUAAACUGAAGAAGGGGGAGAAUAAACCUCAAGGUCAGAAGUCGUCUUCAUUUCUUUUUGAGGAGGUCAUAGUGAUUGACUCCAGCCCUGAUGUCAUUUCCAUCUCUGAGGGAGACACUGCCGAUGAUGAUGAAGGGGUCUGUGCCCUAAAGGGUCAACACUCACAGCGCCUGCAGACUUCCACCCCGGCCCAGCAGGGAACCCAGAAAAGAAAGUUGGAUCUCGGUGCACCAGUGAUUGUGGACUCCAGCAGCUCAGAAUCUGAUUUAGAAAGGUCAGAAUCGUCUGAUUUGUCUGAUUUGUCUGAUUCAUCUGAUUCGCCUGAUUCGUCUGAUUCUUCGGAUUCGGAUGGCCUCGAGAACUGGAUGAUCCUGGGUCGAGGGAAGCAAGAUGGAGACCAGUCCAUCUCACUCAACUUGGAGGGAGGACCUGACAGCAUCGCAGAUGUUGAAGAAGAAGACGAAGAUGAAGAGGGCUCCUGGAUGGUUUCUGACAAGGACAGGGAGGCUCAGAUCUAUAACAAAGGCAGAGGUGCUCGGAUAACUGCGUCAAACAGAUACUAUACCAGCAAGAACGUUCAGUGUAGAAACUGCAACAAGAACGGACAUCUCUCCAAGAACUGCCCUGAGCCCAAAAAGGUGUCGUCCUGCUUCCUUUGUGGCACCCCAGGUCACUUGGUCAGUCAAUGUCCCAAUAAGCACUGCAACAACUGCGGCCUGCCUGGUCACCACUACGGGUCCUGCAGCGAGAGAGCGUACUGGCACAAACAGUGCCAUCGCUGCAGCAUGAAGGGACACUUCUUUGACGCUUGUCCAGAGAUUUGGAGACAGUAUCACAUCACAACCAAGGCAGGUACUCCUGUAAAGCAGCAGGGAGAAGACCAGGGUCGAACCCCUGCCUACUGCUACAACUGCUCCAGGAAAGGACACUUUGGCCAUACGUGUACACAGCCGAGGAUGUUCAAUGGGACGUAUCCCGCCACCCCGUUCAUCAACCACUACGACACGGUGGACGACAUCAACCGCAGACAACACAGGACAAAGCUGAAGGUUAAAGAGCUGAAGAAAAAUGGCUUUUUCCACGGUGGUUCUCAGACUCCUCUCACUCCUGGGCCACCAAAGAAGAAACAGAAAAUCAACCAUCACAAAAACAUCCACCAGCCUAACCAGACACCUCGCCAAAGCCCUAAAAACCACAAACCCAGCCCGAGCCAUAUCUUUUUUAAAGACAGCUAUGACUUCAGGGCCCCAGCACCCAAAACAAAGUGCGGUAAGCAAAAACCAGCAGACAGCUCCAGCACCGCCAAACCUUGGAAACCCAAGAGACCAGUGCCCACGUUGACAAACCCACCGACUAAACUCAUUCUGGACGAAGCAGAUGACUUUCCCAGAGGUAGAGGCAGAGGAGAGAACAUAGAGAUGAAAAAGAAGGGGAAAAUGAAGCAGCUUCCCCCGGCGCCAUCAAUGGGACACAGAGACCGCAGACCGGACCGUCUCUGUUGGACUGGAGAGACGCAGGGGUCAGUGUCAAACCCAAAGAAAGGAAAGAGGAAGAGGAGGAGUCGAGCCGGGAAGAUGGCCGACAAAAAACUUGAUGCUCAAAUGUACCCAACAGAUGAGAACCUGUUCAUCAUCAAACAGAGGAAACGCAACAGAUAGCAUCAGUUUGUGUGUGAGGUGUGACUGUCAGGCCUGUGACCUUUAUGACCUGUACAGUGUGUGUUCAUCACAUUUAGGGAUGUGUCUCGCUGCAAAAUUGUCAUAAUGUAAUUGGUAUCAUAUUCUUUAUUGUUCAAAUUUGAGAAACGGGCACAUUGAUGGACGGCGAGAUAAUCUCCUUGUGCCUUUGCUCUGAGCACAUAGCUUGAGUAUUGUUGCUGCUGUUUCCAGUUGGAACCAAACGAUGGUGAAUUUUUAAAAAUACUCUUGGAAAAUGGUCCAUUGUUUAUUUAGAGCUGAGGGCAUGCCUUUUUAUUGUUGAAAUACACAAACAUAAAUACUAUUACACGUGUCUGAUGCAAAUCUGGAAAUAGUAGACUCAUCAGUUCCUUUGUGAUCAGGAUAGUUUGCAUCACUGACAUUCAGCUCUGACAUUAUUAACUUUUAACCAUCCACUAUUUCAGUUCACUUGUACAUGGUCUUGUGUGUCAUGGUUAUAACAUGAUGGAACCUUAAUAACAUAACCUCAAAGAAUAUAAGUUCCUUCAUUACACGAAUACUGGUUACCUUAAGUCUCUGGGAUGAAUAAAUCUGUCUGAUUUGUUAGUACUGUGGUUUGGGAAAUGAAAUCAUUGAUUGUCUGCUUCAUCCAAGACCAAACCAAACCACUGGUUUAUUCUGUAACCUUAAACCAUUCAUGUAAUUUAUGAAGGCAUUUCAUUAAAAUAAUUUGUAUGUCA